UGCGGCCCAGACCGAACGCCCGAACGCCCGGCCUCCCGGCCCGCGGCGUGGGGGCCGCUGGUCCUCGAGCCGCCGCGGAGAAGAUUGCACGCCAGGCCUGUUGACUGACCCUCGACUUCACAGAACACCGGGCUCUCAGGAAGAAUGGCAUCCGAGGGCAGCCUGCUUCGCCUGCUGCGGCAGUGUGUGCUGACGGGCUGCCGCCCGCAUGUGUCCUCCUGGCGGGCCGCCAGCAGCAGAGCCUCCCUUACACGCCUGCACCGGCAGAACUACGCACGCCUCUACCCUGUGCUCCUGGUCAGGCAGGAUGGCUCCACCAUCCACAUCCGCUACCGAGAGCCACGAAGGAUGCUGGUGAUGCCUGUGGACCUGGACAGCCUGUCCCCAGAGGAGCGGCGGGCGAGGUUCCGGAAACGUGAGGCCCAGCUCCGCGUGAAGAAGGAGGAGGAGCCGAUGCUGGGCGAUGACUUUGAUGUGGAGCGGUACAAGCGGUUCUGGACCAAAAAGUGAUGGCCUGCAGGCCUCCGGGCUGGGGCUCCCAUGGAGGGGGGGGGGUCUUAAAACUCACCUUCUCCAGGCUGCCUCCACCUUGUCUUUUGUCCUCGUCACCUUGCCCAGAGGACCUGACCCAUAGUCCACUGUGGGGCUGCAGAUUGGGUCAAAUUGUGAUUCUGGAACAAGAUCCAAAGAGCAUAUGGGCCCAUUGAAGUGGGAGGAGAAAUGCAGACACCGAAGGUGCUGCUCUCACUGCAGGAAGUGCCUGCAGCACCAUGUGGGGCCCCUGGGCUCUGGAGCCUCCUAGUCCUGGCACUGUUGAAUCUCAGGUCAGCCGGGGCUCCCCCAGAGGGGCAUGGCAGGUAUGGGAGCGGUGGGAGGAGCUGAUGCUUGCAGUGGAAGGCGGUGCUGCCCUGCCUCCUCCAGCUGGCCUGCCCCAGCCCAGACUGCUGGCCUGCGGCUACUGUGGAGGGCUUGCUCUUGGGGCGGGAUUCCGAACCUUUCCCAGCAUACUGAGCUUGCCAGGCUGGGCCUCCCCUUUCCCGCCCUUGGUGGUCAUUGCCUCGUUCAGGUGUCAGCAGGCAGGCACAAGUAGGCAGCCUGUGGAGAAGAGCCGGGGCCACUCAGGAUGAGGCUGGCCUGAGACCCACCUUUGGACCCCACUCCCCUGCUGGCCAGGGGAGCACACCUGCUGUUGCAGGGCGUGUGGGCUGCCCCAGCUUGUGCCCCCACCCCCUAGUCACUGCUCCCUCGCCAUGCGGCGUUGGGUGUCCGCCACUGGCUCGCCCCAGCCCAUUCUCACCCAGACAGCCUCCUGGGAGGCCUGGCUCUUCCGGCUGCUGCCCCGCUUCCCUCCUCUGCAGGGGAGAUGCCCCGCCUGACCUCCUGCAGGUGGCAGGGGUACUGGAGACCCUGGAGCAAGGCAGGCUUUGUUCGCAGAGGACGCGGGGCCGGGGCCAGGCGUGUCCAGCACAGGCCACUGGGUGUAGCAGACGCGGGGAUUGAGCCCCCGCCUGGCGACCGCUGACU